AUGACAUAUCAUGACUUGGAUCUUGAUUUUUAUAAUAGUUCCAGUCCUUAUUAUAAGGGAGAUGGAUAUAAAUCAGAUUCACAAAUAGUUGAAUGGGAUCAAGUAUUUCUUCAUUAUCGUUUUACAGAAUCUCAUGAUUUUGACAUUGAUCAAUCCAUUGAAAAUAUUGCACAUAAUUUUAACUAUAAGAAAAAUAUUACCGGUGAGCCAGCAUUUCCUAUUACGUUUGUGGGUUCCUGGAGUAGUGCAUUAACUGAUUGCACACCUUGGAUACAUGGUAUUGGUUAUGCAUCAUGGUAUAAUGACACAUACGAUGAAAAUACAAAUUAUGAAGUCAAAAAUGAAUACAAUGAUACUGACUAUGAAAACUAUGAAAACUAUACUUGUAUUUCUCAAAAUCCAAUUGAGGAAUGGCCUGAAGAAUACAAAAUUCAAGUCAGAAAGUUUAUUGAAACUCAGUUAUCACAUUUCAGUACUUAUACUAAGGGAUGGUUCUUCUGGAACUGGAAACCUGAAAGUGCACCAGAAUGUGAUUAUCAGAAGUUAAGGGAACACGUUUUAUUUCCACAUCCAUUCGAUAAUUUAACAUAG